AUGGCCCCCCAAUUGCUAACCCCGUCGACUCUGGUCUUCGAUAGCCGUACGCAAAUUAUAAGCAACUGCAAGUUUCUUAUAAACAAAGGUGACAAUAUCGAAGUAGUUACCAGCAAAGAUCCCUCUGGCAAGCUCUUCAAAGCACUGGCAGUGCAAUGCGGCGAAGAGUCUCGCGAGCUUCUACUAGAGUCAGAACACUGUGAGAAUGCCCAAAAGGCAGUCGAAUCUCUGCAUACAAAAUCAUGCGAAGCAGUCCAUAACUACACUGCGAUAAAUGGCUUCGCAAGGCCCCGCGACCUCAAGACGACGUUUCUUGAGCCUAGCUUGAAUGACAACGAUGCCGCCUCUAUCAUUUCCGGCCGCUCUGAUUCAUCUACUGCAGCCAUUUCCGAAUGGGGCAGCUCUGGUGAUGAGGCUAUGAUGCUAAAGCACGCAUCAAGGACCAACAGGGCUUCAAAGGAUCGACAACGUCCUUCUGGUCGCCCCGGCAGUUAUAUCGCGACGACUACUGGUGCUCAUGAGCUACUAGGAGAAACCCGUUCAAGGGGAUCCCUUCGAGAGGUCACCUUCGAUCCAGCACCCCCACGCGGCCGCGCUGUCCGCCCUGCCCGUUCUUGCUCGCCUCCCCUUGUUUUCAGACAAGGGCCUCCGCCGCCUCCCCCUGGUAACCCUGGCACGAAUGGGCCUUCAGUUCCGCCGCCCUCGAUGCGAAACGUGCCCAUGCCAAUACCCUCACACCCUUACCCAUCGGGCAUGGCAGUCGGGCCGCCGCACCCCGGCCGUCCGCAAAAUAACAUGAACCCACCCAUGCCUCCGGCGCAGCACUUCCAGUGUCUUCGUGUCCCGGGGUACCCGGCAGACGGUCCCUCUUUUCCGACGCCUUUGGCGCCCAUCCGCCCUACCAAACCAGCAGGCCCCAGUGCCUCCAAUAACUACCACGGUGGCAACGGCAAUGGCCAUAGCAAUCACCUAUCCCGUCCCCUCUCCGUCUUUCACCCCCAAGUGCGCACCCACGCCGUCCGUAUCACGGUGCACUGGCUGCGUCACGGUCAGCAUCGCAUCAUAGCCCAGUGUCAGCCAACUCGCGAAUCCCUGCAAAGCGCGGCCGUUACGGACGUACGCCUGAAUCCAGAUGCUUUCACCAGCGACGGCAACAGCAGCAGUAGCCAUAACGCCAACAACAGGGAUAUUAGAGGCAUAACGGCCCUGCGUGCACAUGUGCGCCAGGCCGUGUUUGCUGGCGAGCCGUACGACAUGAGGACGUUCCACGGCCAAGACCUGGCACGCCUGUUCCACGUCAUGGCUGCCGACGACAACAUGCCGUCCUUCGAGGUCGUGGUGGAGGAGCUCCCGCCGCACGACGCCGAAGACAGCGACUACGACGGGGCGAGCAACAUGGGUUUUCCUUGA